AUGCAAGUAUGGCUACUGCGUGUUGUUUCUGCAAAUCGGAGAUUUUGGAUUAUCAAGAAUCAAGCGCAAUACUCUAGUUUCUGGAGGUGUGCGAGGAACCUGCCUUGGAUGGCGCCAGAACUGCUAAAUGGUAGCAGCACCAAGGUUUCUGAAAAGGUUGAUGUAUUCUCAUAUGGAAUUUCAAUGUGGGAAAUCUUGACCGGAGAGGAGCCAUAUGCUGAUAUGCAUUGCGGUGCCAUCAUUGGAGGGAUCGUGAAGAACAUUCUUCGACUUCCUAUUCUAGAAUGUUGCCAUCCUGAUUGGAGGAAGCUAAUGGAACAAUGCUGGUCCCAUGAUCCUGAAUCCGGGCCAUCAUUUACCGAGAUAACAAAGAGGUUGCAAUCCAUGUCCAUGUUGCUUAAGUCGAAGGGAGCUACUAAUCAGGCGAAACCAACGGACUUGAAGUGUUGGCCAAUAAGAAUGUAA